UAUAGUUGGCACAAUGUCACUCUUAUAUAUCUAACCUCUCAUACCACACACAUCAAAUCUCAUUUAUUUCAUCCAAACCAAACCUAUGCUCCUAUUUCCAUUUCACCAUUUCUCAACAAAAGAACCAUGAAGAACACACAAACUAAACAAGAUCAAGAACAAGAACAAGCCUUGAUGAUUCCACCCAAAAAAGGAAGACACACAUGUAUAACUUGCUUUUGCUUGGUGUUGUUACUGUUAUUAAUUAUACUAACAGUUUCCGUUGUUCUUGCCUUAACCCUUUUCAAGCCUAAACAACCAAAAACAACGAUUUCUUCAGCUACUCUACAAUCCAUAUCGCCUGCUAUCAACAUACAAGUCAACGUUACUCUCGACAUAAAGAUCCAAGUCGAGAAUCGAAACCGUGCGAGUUUUAAACAUGAAGAUGGAACUAGUCUUUUGAUGUAUGAAGGUGUUGAAGUUGGAGAUACCGAUAUUUUUCCUGGUUUGAUUCCUGCAAGAAGUUCCACCAUUCUUCCUUGUAGGCUUGUCCUUCAAGCUGAUAAGUUGGCUUCCAAUGUGACAGGUUUUAUAAAGGAUUUAAUGGGUGGUCAACUCUCUUUGCAAACGGUUACUAGGAUUCCUGGAAAAGUUACUUUUCUUGGGUUUAUCAAGAAACAUAUUGUGGCUGUGUCUAAUUGUCAAUUUGUUUUUGGUGUUCCUGAUAUGGAGAUCAAAAGCCAAAUCUGCAAGAAUAAAGCUAAGUUAUGAAUGAAUGAAUUUGGAUUGUUUGUAGUAUGAUUACACGCAGUCAGUCUCUUCUGAUCAGAUGAGACUGACAGUGUGUAAAUAUAAGAUUAUCCGGAUUUGUAAUGAUUAAAUAGGAUAUAUGUUAAUUUCAUACUUUACUCAUAUGAUUAAAUAGUAGUUUUAGAUGUAUUAAUAUAUUUGUAUGGUAGAAUAAUAGAAGUUGGGUGUAGUUUUGAAAAUUUUGGGAAUAAUAUUUUGAGGAGUAUUUUUUAUA